AUGGAAGGUGAAUCUGCUCCUGACAAUAUCCUUCGCAAGCGCCGCAUCCUCGUCCCUUUUUUCGUCUCCUGUGCCUUCCUGGCGUGGGGUGCCUUUUUCGGUCUCAUCCUUCAGAAGCUCCUUCAAGAGUAUCGCUAUGAUGGUUCAACGUACCGCUUUGCCUACAUCGCCUACUUUCCGAUCACCUUCGUCAUGUCACUGUUCUUUGUCCUCGUUGUCAUAAAGAACGUGUACGAAAUCUUCGGCCCCGUGGGUAUGGCUUUCAGGAACUCUUUUGCAUACUCCGCCAUUCCGCCGAAGCGCAUGACCGGUGUCCUCCCACAAAUUACCAUCCAGUGUCCUGUGUACAAAGAGUCAUUGGCGGACGUCAUUGAGCCCACAAUUACCUCCGUCAAAGUUGCCAUGCGUCGCUAUGAGAAACAAGGCGGUACCGUAAAUCUCGUUGUCUGCGAUGAUCGCAUGCAACUCGUUGAUGAACGGUCCCAAGAGUUUCGUAAGGCGUACUAUAGGAAGAACAGUAUUGGGUGGGUCGCUCGUCCGGGCCAUGGAGUUGACGGGUAUGUACGUGCGGGACGAUUCAAGAAGGCAUCGAAUCUCAACACAAUGAUGGGCGUCUCUGUCAAGGUAGAGGAAAGGCUUAAGCAAAUCGACCGCAGUAAUCCCGAGGGUUGGACCCCUAUUGACGAGGAGCGUGCAUACAGAAGCAUUCUGUCCAACGUCAUCGCAGAAGACGGUCGUGUCUGGGCGGAAGGUAACAUCCGCCUCGGCGAGUUGAUCCUCCUCAUCGAUUCCGAUACCCGUGUUCCUAGCGACUGCUUACUUGACGCCGCCUCCGAAUUCGCCGAAUCCCCUCAUCUUGCCGUCCUUCAACAUGCCUCCGGUGUCAUGCACGUGUCGUGGGACUUUUUCGAACGUGGUAUGGCCUACUUCACUAGCCACAUCUACCGAUCCAUUCGUAUCUCGUGUGCUAGCGGUGACCUUGCGCCUUUCGUGGGUCACAACGCUUUCAUUCGUUGGUCGGCCGUCCAGACGGCUGCGGAGUGGACGCAUCCUGAUGAUGGGCAGCCUAGGUGGUGGUCUGAAUCGCACGUAUCGGAGGAUUUUGAAAUGGCGCUCAAGCUUCAGUGCGCAGGUCAUUCAAUUCGUCUUGCUGCCUAUACUAAGGGGGAAUUCCGAGAGGGUGUCUCGCUGACUGUUGCGGACGAGAUCACUCGAUGGGAGAAGUAUGCUUACGGCUGUUCGGAACUGAUGUUCAAUCCUAUCCGUACAUGGUUGUGGAGAAGUCCGUUCACUCCGCUCUUCCGCCAGUUUCUCUCCACCAGGUCUAUUCCCCUGUUCGCCAAGUUCACUCUUCUUUCGUACGUCGGUACCUACUACGCUCUGGGCGCCGUUUGGGUUUUUACGUUUGCGAACUACUUCUUCACUGGAUGGGCGGCGAACCUCAUCGAUCAUGUCUACGCUGACUCAUUUUCAACUUUGAUUUCGAUCCUCGUGGUGUUCUACGGCUUGUCCCCAUUGGCAGGAUCAAUUGUGUCAUACAAGCUUGGUGAUAAGAGCUUCUUCAGAGCCAUGGUUGAGACAGUCAAGUGGACACCAUUCUUCUCGCUCUUCUUUUCAGGAAUCUCCUUCCGUAUCUCAGCUGCACUGUUGUCUCACCUCUUCGAGUACAAUAUGCAAUGGGGUGCCACUACCAAGGAGGUUACCAAUUCAGACCUCUUCACGGAGCUGCCGAAAAUCUUCAGGGAUUUCAGGUACACUUACCUGUUUUUCGGGAUUCAGAUUCCGAUGAUGCUGUACUUGGCCUUCGGCGCUCCAUACCAAUGGGUGAUUAAUGGAUUGAAUAGCUGCUUCCCGCUUGCUGUGUGCAUUGUCGGACACAUGCUUCUUCCAUUGCUUCUGAAUCCUAGCUUGUUCAAAGUGUAA